ACCCGCGCGCGGAGGAUGGAUGGAAGAGACCUCGGCCCCCCCCGGUCUGUCCAGGUGCCCCCGCCGCUGCUCUCCGGGCUGGCCAUGGACGGGCACCACCGCGUCGCCGCCGCCGGAGCCGCCGCGGCCCGCCUCGCACCGCUGGCGGCCGGGCUUCCGCCGGCGCCGCUCCCCCCGGGGAAAUACCUCGCCUCCGGCAUCAGCCUCCAUUCCCACCCGGGUUUCUCCCACCUGCCGAAUGGCCUGUAUCCGUCGUACAUUCCCUUGAGCCACCUGGAGCCCCAUAACAGUGGGAGCCCCCUGCUCGCGCAGCUGGGCCAGCAUAGCCUCUUCGACUCGCCAAAAGAUGGAUUUUACCUUGCCGGCCACGCAGGGCAGGCGGCCUUGCACCCACAGGGCCCCCCUUCGAGGAUGGCCGCCAACCACCCCUCCGGUGCCCUGCUCCGGGAGAAGGAGCUGGGCCCCCUGCACAGGAGCUCAAAGGACGGUGCGAAAGACCCCUCCAGCAAGGAGCGGGUGUGCCAGGGUGACCUCCCCUCGCCCGCGGCCAGGAAGGAGGGCAAGCUGCGAGAGGAGGCCCGGCCUCAGAGCGUGGUGGACCUCACCCAGGACACUAAACCCGACAGCGACAGGAAAGUGAGUGGCCCCGAGAAGGCCGUCAAGGUCGGGGAGCGUUUGUCCCCGUUCCUCGCUGAACACAUGCCAAAUCGGGGCAUCUCUAGCGGCGAACCAAAGUCCAAGAACCCACUGCAGACCUCUCUGCUCAGCAACUGCAGCGGCGGCGGGGAGCUCCCCGGCAAGGCCCUGGGCUGCGAGCAGGACCGCUGCGCCAAGGACCCCACCCGGCACGACGAGAACAUGAGGCCUUCCGCUCACACGCACCCCGACCGGCUGAAGAGGGGCGACGCCGUGAUGGGCUCCGUGGCCGCGCUGCACGUGGCUUGCAGCUGCCCCUCCCCGGCCCAGCCCGGGAAGCUGCCGGCGUCCUCGGCCUUCCCUCCCCAGCCCGUCCAUUCCAGCAUGUACACCAUCUUCCCGCUGACCAAGGAGCCCGGGAGAGAGCACAAGGUCAUCGCGCCCACCUUCGUGCCUUCCGUCGAGGCUUAUGACGAAAGGGCUGGUCCUAUCCAGAUCGCUUCUCAGGCCCGGGACAACAGCCGCGCGAAGGAGAAGGACGGCCCCAUCGCGGCCCGAGUGGGCGUCCUGCAAGCUCUGCCCGAGAGGGCCCUGGGCGAGGCCUCCCGCAGCCUCUUGCCCCAAGACUUCCCUGUCCACGGGGACGCCAAGCGGAUGGAGGUCCUGCGGGAGAAGGGCUCCGUGAUCCGGGCCAACUCCAUGGCCCUGAAGAAGCAGGCAGCUCCCGAGACCUUCCUGAGCCGUCCCAGGCUCAGCUCCCCGGAAAGCAGGGAGUUCCUCGCCUCGAAAGACUUGCUCAAGCCGGGCCUGGAGGCAGAGCACCGGGCCUGCGAGCGGGACCGGUUUCAAAGAUCUGGCUGCAAAGAGGCAGUGAAGAUCUACGGCACUUUGGACUCUUCCUCCUCCUCCUCCUCCUCUUCCUCCUCCGCUCCCUCCUCUUCUCGGCAGCAUCACGAUCACAGCCAACAACAACUGAAGCUUCCCGAGCAGAAGUGGAAGCCCUUUGAGAUGGGCAACUUCGCCACCACCCAGAUGGCCGUUUUGGCCGCUCAGCACAAUCACGCCAGCCGGGCGGAGGAGGAAGCCAAGAAGGCGUACCUCGACCCCAGCACCCUGCCGCGGUCCUCGGUGGUGGGGCCCCGGAGCGCCGGCGAGAGCCUCCACCCUGCCCCUCACGGCGAGGGGUCCGCCAUGCAGAGCCUCAUCAAGUACAGCGGCAGCUUCGCCAAGGAGGCGCGCCAGGGCAGCGGCAAGAAGAGCCCCUUCGGCGGCCUGGGGAACAUGAAGCUCGACCCCGGCCAGCAGGGCUCGCCCAAGAUCCAGCAGCUGCUGCCGCACCAGGCCGGCAAGCAGCUGAAGAAGGAGCCCGAGCGCCCGGAGAGCGCCAAGUCCUUUGGCCGCGAGAGCAUCGGGCUGCAGGGAGAAGGGGAGGUCCGGCAUCUUCCCGUGGGCAUCGCGGUGGCAGUGGCGCGGCAGAAGGACAACAGCGGCGGCGGCAAGAUGGGCCCUGGCCUGGCGGACCGCGACCGCACCCUCUCUCUGAGCAGUGUCAAAGGACACGGACGCUCGGACGAGGACUGCAGCGAUGACCGGCCACGUCCUCGAGAUGGCCACCUCCUGGCGAGUCGUCUGGAACGAGACCAGGAGAAGCUCCUGAGAGAAAGCAAAGAACUGGCCGAUUUUGCUCGGAUACAUCCCUCCGGCUGUGCCACCAAUGGCUUGAACUCCAACCUCAUGGUGACCGGGGGGCCCCCUCUGACUGGCUCAGGGCGAUGGUCCACGGACCCGGCAUCCCACCUGGUAACCCACCCGUGGUUGCCCAGGACCGGCAGCUCUUCCAUGUGGCUAGCAGGGCACCCCUACGGACUUGGCCACCCUUCCCUGCAUCAAGGCUUGACUCCUGGCUUCCCCCCUAGCAUGGGGGGCGCACUCCCUUCCACGUACCAGUUUGCCAGAGAUCCUCAGUCAGGGCAGCUUGUCAUGAUCCCCAGCGAGCACCUGCCGCACUUUGCAGAGCUGAUGGAUCGUGCGCCGCCUCUCUGGCCCGCCAUGUACCCCCCCACAAGGAGCUCCCUCCAGCAUGCCCACCAGCUGCAGCUCCUCUCUCACCAGCAGCUGAUCCGUCAGCACGAGUUGUACAUCCUCCAGCAGCAAGCUGCCCACACCAUGGAAUUGCACCGCAGUGCCCAGUUGGUGGAGAGGCUCAAGGCCAGCGAGCAGCGGGUGGAGAUGGAGGAGAAGAUGGCAAAACGCUGCCUGGACAGUGCCAAGCCAGGCGUCGCCGCCCCCAGCCCUGCCGUCCUGCACCGGAAGCCCCCCGUCUUGUCCCCCAGCACCCCCGCGCCCGAGAGCAAGGCCAUGAGCCCCCCUCCCCUGUCCCCCAGGGCCUCCCCCGUCUCCGUGCUCAAGGCGGAGGUCAUCCAAAAGAUGGAGGAGCCACCGACGCAGCCGGGCUACGCCUACCCCGCUACGCCCGCCUCCCACCCGUCCAGCCCUCCCCCCGCUUCUCCGCCCCCCGCCCCCUCCCUCCCCCCAAAAGAGGAGGAAGAGGCUGAGAACGUGGAGAAGAAGGAGCUGGAGCUGGAGAAGGAAGCCUCCAGCCCGUACCGGGCCUUGUUCCCAGAAAUUCCGUCGGGAUAUCCAUUCCAGUCCCUCCCAGCGUCCUUCCGAAGACACUACCCGUAUCUCCUUCAGCCCACCGCUGCGUCAGACGCGGACGGCUUGGCCCCCGAUGUCCCGUUACCCUCUGGAGACCCAGAGUGCCUGGCCCUCUCGCCAGAGGUCAAGCCCCUCCACCUGUCCCCAUCCAAAAUCGUCAAGCCCAUCCAGGCGGUGGAGGAGUCGGAGGAGUCGGAGGAGGAGCCGGAGUCUUUGGAAGAGCGGGUGAAGACGGAGGUGGAGAUGGACGAGAACCGAGAGAGCGGCAUCUCCGAACAGGAGAUGCAGGCCCUCAACUUGGCCCCCGCCGUCCCCGUCCCCGUCCAGGAGGUGAAUGGCUGCAACCUCCUCUUGCACCACAGCAAAACCCGGAGUGCUUCGGAGCACGAGGAAGAAGCUUUGCAGGGCUGCCCGCCGGCGUAUCAGGUCAUCACCUGCUCCGUGGAGAUGGAGGCCCAGGUGGAGGCGGCUGGCGGUGCGGACGCUUGUCCUGUCCACACCGACUUCGACGGGGCCUUGCUGCACAGGGACACGGAGCAGGCUGGGGUGACCCUCCUGCCGCCGCCUGAGGAGCCUUCCCUGGCCGCCGAACUGCCUCACAUCAGCUCUCCCCGGGCGAGGGAAUUUCCCAGCAUGCUCCCGGAAGAGGGGGAAGAGGAAGAGGGGGAAGAGCCCGGGCUGGGGACCCCCUGCUAUGGAAACGAGGCCGUCUCCUGCCAAGUCCCGGCCCUGGACAUCAAACCGGACGACCCCCUGGCCGGCAUGAAUGCCUUGGCUGCUGCGGCUGAGCUGCCCCAGGCCUGCCCCUUGCUGACGAGCGGCGGGGUGGCCCAGGAGGCCUUGGUGAACCUGGAGCUGUCCUCCAGCCUGUCUCCCGGGCACACAUUCCUGCAGGGGAUCACGCUGCUGAGCGAAAUUGCGGAGCUGGAGCUGCAGCGGAGGAGGCAGGAAGUGCAAGGUCCGGAGAACUUCCCUGUUCGCCCAACCCUGGAGAGCCUGCUAGCAGCAGGCACGCAGAUGCUGAUGGAAGCCCUCUCGUCCCCCUUCAUGGACAGCCUGAAAAACAUCCGUCUACCUCGAGAGCUGAACCCCAACAAGAAAUACAGCUGGAUGCAGAAGAAAGAUGAACCGAUGUACUCCAUCAAGUCGGCCAUCGAGAACAUGGGUGCGAUGGAGCUGGAUUACAGGCUGAGGUUGGCCGAGCUGCAGCGGAGAUACAAGGAGAAGCAGCGAGAGCUGGUGAAGCUGCAGCGACGGAGGGAUUCCGCGGAAAAGCAUGACGAGAAAAGUAGAAGCUUGGCGAGACGAGGGCCAGGAAGGCCCAGGAAGAGGAAGCAUGGAUCGAGUGCUCUGUCGCCCCCUAAGGAAAGAGGGAAGAGUGACGGCAGGAGUGGAAAGCUGAGCAAGUCCUUACUGCUCUCGGAAGACUCGGAGACGGGUGAAGGGACGCGGAAGAGACACCGGGGCAUCCUCCUGGACGAGGAAGACGAUGUGGAGAGCAGGAGCGGCAAGGGGAAAAGCAGGAAUCGCAACUGGGAUGAGCAGGAUGUGUUGACGAAUUUCUCCAGUGAGUUAAAAAUUAAGAAGAAGAAGCUGGCUUCCGAACAGGAGCAGCUGGUGAGCAAGCUGGACAAGGCCCUGUCCCUCACCAGGCACAAACUGAAGUCUCCUUUUAAGUACGCAGACAGCUCUGUUGGGAGGCAAAAAAAUGGCGGAUGUUAUGGCAGUCGGUACCUGUCACAUCACGAGGCCUUGCUCAGCAAGGACGAAAAGAAGAACUUGGCCAAAACCUUGAGCUUCUCGCUGAAAUCUUCCAAAGAAGGUAAAAACAAAAUGGCCAGCAAGAUGAAGAAGAUGGAAGAGGGUCUAAGAGUCAAGGCUCACUCAAAGGUUUCCGGCUCACCAGCGAUAUCUGAAGUCAGCAGCUAUUCAUAUAAUACAGAAUCUGAGGAAGAUGACGAAUCCCUGAAGGACGAGUGGUCUUCUCAUUCCCCAGCCAGCUCCAGAGUGAGACCCCCUGGCCUCUACAGUGUAGGCGGCAGGAGCACACGAGGCCUCAAGGCCGCCAAGAAGGCCAUCUCCGCCAGUAGGACUCUCAAAUCUAAACUGGCUGCCAGCAGGAAGCAGCCGUUCUGCUUGCUGCCCAGGGAGGCCGAAGCCGGAUCUUCGUUCAGUGACUCUUCGGAGGACUCGUUCGAUCAAGAUUCUAGUUCAGAGGAAGAGGAGGAGGAAGAGGCUGUGGAAGGCUAUGGAACAGGCGGCCAUGAGAGGUUGUCUCCUCCUGCGUUGGACGAGAGUGGCUUGGGUCUCCUUGCGAGGUUUGCGGCCAGCGCAAUGCCGAGUCCCAUCAUCCCACCUUCCCUUUCCAUCGUUCAGCUGGAGGCCAAACAGAAAGCCAAGAAGAAGGAGGAGAGGCAGAGCUUGAUGGGGACAGAAUUUGAGUACACGGACUCGGAGAGCGAAGUGAAGAUCCGAAAGAAGUCUCCGUCCGGACUGCUGCGUGGGAAGAAGGGUCUGCUUGAACAGAGCAGUACAGCAGCGGUGCACCCAGCGAACGCCAUGGACGUGCCCUCCGUGGGGAACGCGGACAAGGCCAAGAUGGCUCCCGAGAAGAGCCGCAGGCUGAAGAAGCUCAAGUCGCCGAAGGACCUGAGCUUCGAGUUCGGGCUGGAGGUGAGCGACGACGACCCCUGGAAUCGGCGGAGGAGUGAGCGGAUCUUUCUUCACGACGCCACCAUGUCUUCGGCCGUGCUGUCCUCCUCCGCGCCAGCCAGCUCCAGCACCACUUCCAAGUCCGGGCGCAGCGUGAAGGGGACAUCCCUGAGUCCCAAGAAAGAUGGGACCAAGGGGAAGGAGAGGAAGGAACUCAGCAAGAAGAAGAAAAAUAAAGAAGCCGCAUUUUGCUCCUCCUCCUCUUCCUCCUCCUCCUCCUCUUCCUCCUCCUCCCUCUCUCCACCGGGCAUAGUCAGCUCUACUCCUGACAUCCGAACCAGCCUGGCAGGCUCUCUGGGCUCCAGCAAGAAGAGCAAAAGCAAGGCCAAAGCCAAAGAGGUGAAAAAAGAGAGCCGAGGGAAGGGAGGGGCCGUCAGCAAGCUCAUGGAGAGCAUGGCCGCCGAGGAAGAUUUCGAACCCAACCAGGACAGCAGCUUCUCCGAGGACGAGAACGUGCCAUUGAACGUGCUUGUGGAGAGGCCACUUACGCCAGCCCCUCGUUCCUGCAUCAUUGACAAAGACGAGCUGAAGGACGGCCUCAGAGUCCUCAUCCCCAUGGACGACAAGCUGCUGUAUGCCGGGCAUGUGCAGACCGUCCAUUCUCCCGACAUAUACCGAGUUGUAGUGGAGGGAGAGCGAGGGAAUCGCCCCCAUAUUUAUUGCCUGGAGCAGCUGCUGCAGGAGGCGAUCAUCGAUGUGAAGCCCCCUUCGGUGCGCUUCCUCCCCGAGGGCACGAGGAUUGCCGCUUAUUGGAGCCAACAGUACCGCUGCCUCUAUCCCGGGACCGUGGUCCGAGGGGCCCAUGAUCAGGACGACAACGGGGACUUGAUCACGGUGGAGUUCGACGACGGUGACACUGGAAGGAUUCCCUUGUCCCACAUCCGGCUUCUUCCCACUGAUUACAAGAUCCAGUGUGCCGAGCCCUCUCCCGCCCUGCUGGUGCCCAGCACAAAGCGCCGCAGCCGCAAGUCCAGCAAGGACCCCGGAGAAGGGAAGGAGGGGACCGGAACGGGGGCGGAAGAGCCGGCGGCGAAAGGCAAAGGGCGUGGGAGGAAACCGAGCACCAAGCAGAAAGCCGAAGAAAACGCCCCCCCAGAGCAGACAAGCGACACGCCAGCGAGCUCGCCCCUCGUCCCAGAAAAGCCCCUUUGCAAGCAAGCCGUGAAGGGCUCCAAGAAAGCACAGCCACACGUCCCCGCCCGGAACUCACCGGCGCCGGCAGAGGAGAAGCAUCAUGGCAAAGGCGGCAAGGUGAAGCUCUCUGCCAAACUGCACAGCCCGGCCCAGUCCGCCUUCCAGUCCCAGGUGUUCAGUGGUGCCCGCGGGAACGAGCCGUACACCGAGCUGCCGGGUGUCCUGCCAGCCUUCGCCCCUUCUGAGAGCCCCUCUGGCAAGGCCAAAUCCAAGAAAGGGAAGUCUGCCGAGGAGUCCCCAGAAUUUGGCUCGACGGCCAAGGCUCAGAGGAAGAUCCCCGACAGCGAAAUCCUGAUCAAGCUGGACCACGAGGGCGUCAUGUCCCCCAAAACCAAGAAGACGAAGGAGGCCAUGCGGAUGCUGGGGGAUUCCAGUCUGGCCGGGAGGAGGGAGGCCAAGAACAUCUUGGGACUGAGCUACAGCGCCAUCUCCAACACAGACGCCAAGCAGAAGCCUUCCAGGAGCAAGGCGGCCAGUGGGGAGCCUGCAGCUCCCAGCUUCGGAGGCAAGUUUGGGGGCUCUGGAGAGAAGGCGGCUCCUGCAAAGGAUGAAGAGGAUCAAGGGCAGUCUGCCCCGGCAGGAGACGAGUCCGAAAGCAACAGCAGCGGCAGCAGUUCAGAGUCCGAAGGAGAAGAAGAAGCCGAGAAGAACGGAGGAGGAGCCCAAGACAGCAGCUCAGCCAGUUCGCGGGCAUCCACGCCCAUGUCCUCCUCCAAUUCCUCCUCCUCCUCUUCCUCCAGCAGCAGCAGUUCCUCCUCCUCUUCCUCCUCCUCCUCCUCCUCCUCCUCCACCACCUCCUCCUCCAGCUCCAGCUCUUCCUCCUCCUCCUCCUCCUCCUCCACCACCGACGAGGACUCGUCCUGCAGUUCGGAUGAUGACGAGGCCGAGUCCCAGCCCGGUGCCUCGUCCGCCCAGCAGGCCCUCCCGCCUAAGCCGGCCAAGCAGUCGGGGAAGCCGCGCGCCGCCUCGCACCCCCAGGGCCCCAAGCUGGGGCAGCCGCCGCAGAAGCAGCAGCAGAGCAAGAACCGGCCCAAGAAGCGCGAGGGCAUCCACCUGCCCACCACCAAGGAGCUGGCCAAGCGCCAGCGGCUGCCUUCUGUGGAGAACAGGCCCAAGAUCGCCGCCUUCCUGCCCGCGCGGCAGCUGUGGAAGUGGUUCGGAAAGCCCACCCAGAGGCGCGGAAUGAAGGGGAAAGCCCGCAAGCUCUUCUACAAGGCCAUCGUCCGGGGGAAGGAGAUCAUCCGCAUCGGGGACUGUGCCGUCUUCCUGUCGGCCGGCCGGCCCAACCUGCCCUACAUUGGACGGAUCCAGAGCAUGUGGGAAUCCUGGGGGAACAACAUGGUGGUCCGAGUGAAAUGGUUCUACCACCCAGAAGAAACCAACCCCGGCAAGAAGCUCAACGAAGGCAAGCGCUGGGAUCAGAAAUCCAGCAGAAGCCUUUCCACCGCUCUCCAGGCUUCCAGCCAGAGGAAGGACUUCAUGGAGCGGGCGCUGUACCAGUCUUCCCACGUGGAUGAGAAUGACGUCCAGACAAUCUCCCACAAGUGUCUGGUGGUUGACCUGGAGCAAUAUGAGCAGAUGCUGAAAACCAAGAAGUACCAAGACAGUGAAGACUUAUACUACCUAGCAGGCACCUAUGAACCCACCACAGGCAUGAUAUUCAAUACGGAGGGGGUACCCGUCAUCUGCUAGCAGGUGCCGCCGCUGCCACUGCCAAAAAAGGGAAGGUUGGGGGGCAUCCGCACUCCCAAAUCAUUCUGAUCAAGUCGUCCCUCCUCUCUGUGGACGGACGGAGAGGAAGAGGAAGAAGAAUGGGACAAAAGAAAGUAUGUGCCUGCUUCAACGACAGUGUGAUUGUUUAAUGCUCCAUCGCAGCAUUUUGAAAAACAGAGAGAGGUUUCUCCAAGAUGUUUUCUGAGAUCAGUUCUGAGAUGGAUCCAACCGCUUGGCUUUUGCACAAGAAGGGAGAUCGGUUUUUUUAGAAACACGACAAAAACGUUGCAGACCUAGGCAGGAGUUUCUUCCCUGCCCUUGGGAAACUGGUUUUGCUUUGGGGUGUGGUGCCACAUCAGUGUCGAACUGCAGGCCCUACCCUCUUUUUGGUUCAACCUUUCAUAGGAUAUUUCUAGAUGCCAACAUUUUCUGGACGUGGCAUUCUUUCGCCUUCGUUCCGGCCCCUCAUGCAUCCUUCCUCACCAGCUGCACAUAAAACUUGUGGAAGAACCCGGGGCUAAGGAGACCCCUGAAUUAGCACCACUCCGUGCUUUUGAUUGCUUUUCUUGUCUCGAAGGCCUGAUCUUUUUUUUCCGGCAGAGAACUCAUGCAAGGAGAUGGCUCUGGAAGCCACCACUGAAAAGGGUACUGCACAAAGAGAUGUUGACCAACAGCCCUCUCUGGGUAUGGGGCCUAAGCAAACAGACAGAAGAGAUGAGACGUUCUCCUGUUUUUGCCAAGCCCUUCCGAACACUUGGGAUUGUGAGGGGAGGCGGUUUUUAUUCUAAGCAGAUGCCAUUGAACAAAAACAUUUCCUUCCCCAUGUAAGUUGAAUGUAAAUGACGAGUUCUGCUUAGAAGCCACGGGAUUCUCCGCCAUCAGUGCUUUCCUAAAGACAGAACAGUUUUGGGAAGGGGGAGCCUGCUUGGGAGGUAUGUGGAUGGCUGGUUGCUGCUCCCGCUGCGGGAACCCAACGGACACUUUAGAACGAACCCAGCAGCAUCCGCACCCAGCAGAGCAUCCUCGGUUGACUUCUGGAUGUCAGACAGGACAAAAUGCUCACACCUGCCUCUGCUUCUCUUCUCCCCACCAGCACCACUCAUAAAACUUUGGGAGAAGACAGCACUUGUGGAAUCCUUGCACCCGUGCAGGAAUUGCGGGUGGCGGGGUCGGGGAGCGCCGCGGUAGUAAGGACAGCUGCCGCUGCUCCAGCCUUUUCUGCCUCUCCAGAUGUUUGUCGGUCUGUCCCUCGAUCCGCUGCCGCCGUUUCCACCGGCCCAGAGGGCCGUGACUUCUGUUUCUUCCCAUUUCAAGGCAGGGAGAAUUUCCAAAUGUGGGCGAGCCGGCGAGAGAGGCGGCUCGACGGGGUGCAGCAGGGGUGUGGAGGUCACGGCGGAUGCGGCCUAGACAGUGUUUUUGCACUUAAGAACAAAAUCAUACACUACAAAACUGAGACAACAUGAUUGUUUCUGCCCCGAACAGACUGUACCAUUCCAGCACUACACUGCAGGGGGGGAUUCUUGAUGGACAGAUUUUUGUUAUCUGCUGUGAUACGUAUGGAGUACUAAAGAGACCAGGAGAAAGACGACUCCUUUGACAACCCUUUGCCACCUUCUUUUAAAGAACCACAGUGGUGCUGACCUGUACUGCCCAUUUUCUCCAGCCCCAGUUCACUGCUUGUGAAGAUUUUAGUGGAUGAAAUUUCUAAAAAACACACCACAACUCUGUACAGUUUUAAUGUACCAAGUAGUCCUUUCCCCCUGUACCAUAAACCUCUUUAAAGACAAUGAACACACACACACACACACACACACACUAAAAAAAAAGACAAAGGAAAAAGAAAAGCAAAAUGGAUUCAACUUUUUAAUUCUAAAUAUAAAAUAUAAAUAUAUAAAUAUAUAUAAAUAUAUAAACUUUUUUAAAAAAACUGUGAAAAAAAUAUGAAAUUAUAAAAGUAAACACAGUCUGACAUGUAGGCUCUUAUUUUUUAAUUUCCUGUUGGAUUGUGACUGUCAAAAGUGAACACACAGGGGAACAGGCAAUCCAGACCUUACCUACAUACAAACUGUGUACUGUGCGUGUAGAAGGAACUUACAUGAGCAAAUGUUUAAAGAGACACAGAGAGAGAGAGAGAGAAUUUAUGCUAAUGUUAAAUAGAAAGCACUUAACUGCCCAUUGCCUUCUAUGGAACACAAGGAUUUUCUGCAGACAAUCGAGAGGAAAGGAGCCAGGUUUUUCCCCCCCUUUCCCCCCUGUGUUGUUAUGUUUUUUAUGUUUUCAAUUCCCCCCUCCUUUUUUUUUUUUUUUUUUUGCAUUCUGUUUGUUGCCGAAUUAUGUGUGAUCCUUUUUCAUAAAAAAAAAAUGGAUUGAAAAGAAACAACUGGAAUUCUGCCUUUCUUUGCUUGACUUCUUACUGCUCUGCUGGCACGCUGGCUCCCGAGACCAACCCACGAACCCCGUUGCCCUCGAGACCUUUGCGUCUUUCCCGGGGGGGGCGGCAUCCCCCAAACCGUAUGUGGCCGAGGGAGAUAAUCGCAGCUCCACGCCUCUUUGUUCCUCCCUUCUCCAAGAAACCUUCCCACCCAAAGAAUUCGUGCUCGAAGAUGGAGCUCAUAUACCCACAA